AUCUAAAAUGUCUGAAAAUUCGCAACCUCGUGAAUCCGAAGUUACCUUGACUGUGCUGCACGCCAUAUCGGAGAUAGUGAAUACUGGUCUAAGUAAAGAAUCUCUCAAAAUCUGCAUGGAACUCUUGGAACAUGGUGUUUCAUCUCUGGCAUUAGCGAAAGCCAUUAAAGCCAUUAGAAAGGGAGUUGAAAAGAAGAAAGGUGAAGAAGAGGACUCUCAAUCGGAAAAUGCGGAUUCCGGACAACCAUCUCCCGUAACAUGUAGAAAAUUAUUCUGAUUCUGAAA